AGAAGACAUCAUGGAAUUUUCUUAUUUCCUUCCAGGUGUUGACGUUUCCCUCUAUAAGAAAUUCCCUGGCCUGGCUGGAGGCUCCCUGCUUUGUCCAGCAGUCCCUGACUCUCUGAAUACAACUGCCAUUCCUACCCGCCGUCGACACCGCACUACCUUCAGCCAGGACCAACUAGACCAUCUGGAGACAGCUUUUGCAAAAAACCAUUACCCUGAUAUUUAUUGCCGAGAGGAACUGGCCAAGGCUACCAAACUCAAUGAAGCUCGCAUCCAGGUGUGGUUCCAGAACCGGCGGGCAAAGCAGCGAAAGCAAGAACGGGCCCUACCAAAGCCAACCACGCCUGCUGUUCUUUCUAUCUGCCCCAUUCCUGUACCUCCUCCUCGACAAUACCAAUAUUCCCCCACACUUGGACCACAUUCUCAUUUAUCCCACUUCCCUUCCACCUACACUCUACCACCCCCCUCUCCUACUUCUGCCCCUUUUCCUUGUUCUGUCCCUCAUCAUCCUCAAAGCCCUCGUAGUCAUGAAGACUGGUAUAAUUCACUGCGCACUUUCGGCUCUUCUACAGCUACUCCAUCCACUUCUAUGCUCUCUCUUAAUCUUGAUUCCGGUGUACACUGGGACUAGGAGCUGUUUGCUUGCAGGAACUGAGGGGAAGUACAGGUAGUGGAGGUCAUGAUAAAGAUACCCAAAGGUGUCCUGUUCAUUUUUUUCUGGCAAAGCUGUUUUCUAGGCACGUUUUCAGUCUCAAAGGGUUUGUGCUUCAAACAUCUUUAUUCCAAUUUGACACAGAAUAAACCAAAAUCAGCUGGGCCGCAGAUGACAAAACUUAAAACUGAGGACCAAUGUGUAUAGCAGUAUCAAAUUUUAAUAAAUAAACAAACAAAUGUGACUUUUGAAUAAAAUAAUGUACAGGUAGUCCUCU